AUGUCAAACCUUCCAUAUGCCGCGGAUGCGGAAAGCCCGCUGAAGCCCGAAGAGCUGGAGGUGCUGCGAAACCAGUACGAAAAAGAAGGCGACUAUGUCGGCAUCCAGACCAAGUUUAACUACGCAUGGGGUUUAAUCAAGUCGAACGAUCGCCCGGAGCAGCAAGAAGGCGUCCGCCUGCUGUCAGAAAUCUUCCGCGGUGCCCCGGAACGCCGACGAGAAUGCUUAUACUAUCUGGCUCUGGGCAACUUCAAGCUUGGGAACUAUGGUGAGGCUCGCCGGUAUAAUGAUCUGCUACUGGAGAAGGAGCCGGCCAACCUGCAAGCGACCAGCCUGGGUUCCCUGAUUGACGACAAGGUGGCAAAGGAAGGCCUGAUGGGCGUUGCUAUCCUGGGGGGCUUAGCCGUCGCCGCUGGAGUGGUGGGCAGUUUGAUUCUCAAGGGAACCAGAAGACGGUGA